AUGGCCUCGUCUUCGAGGGCUCUCGCUCGCUUCGGCGCGGCAGCAACACGGUUGUCCGUUGCCGAGGCUGUGCGCCCAUAUGCCAAUUUCGCGACAGCGACAGCAACCAAACCCUCUGCAACACGCCCCCUUCUCCCAUCGCCCGCUGCCGUUUCAAGCGCUGUCGGCCCAAUCUCUCGCCAAUUCGCAAGGUCUUACGCUGCUGGCUCUGCUGCGUCGCCAUCUCCCAAGAAGAAGCCCGGCAAGAUCCGGACUACCUUCAAAUGGUUGUGGCGCGCAACUUACCUGUCCCUCUUCUUCGGUGUCGGCGCUAUUAUCUACGAUGGCUACUUGGAUCGUCACCCAGACGAUCAGUUCACCCCUGAUCCGCAGAAGAAGACUCUGGUUAUCCUUGGAACUGGCUGGGGCUCUGUGUCCCUCUUGAAGAAACUUGAUACUGCUAACUACAAUGUGGUCGUCAUCUCUCCCCGCAACUACUUCCUGUUCACGCCUCUGCUGCCCUCAUGUACUACCGGAAACAUCGAACAUCGCUCUAUAAUGGAACCCAUCCGCCAGAUCUUACGUCAUAAGCACGCUGCCGUGAAAUUCUACGAGGCCGAAGCUACCAAGAUUGACUACGAGCGCAAGGUUAUCAAGAUCUCGGAUAACAGUGACAUCAAAGGUACCAUCAACGAGACUGAAGUCCCUUACGAUUUGCUUGUUAUUGGCGUUGGCGCGGAGAAUGCUACUUUCGGUAUCCCUGGUGUCCGCGAACACAGCUGCUUCCUCAAGGAGAUCCGUGAUGCCCAGGCCAUCCGAACCAAGAUUAUGGACUGUGUAGAGACCGCUGCCUUCAAGGAUCAGGAUUCUUCUGAGAUUGAUCGCUUGCUUCACAUGGUCGUCGUUGGAGGCGGUCCUACCGGUGUUGAGUUUGCCGGCGAGCUACGUGACUUCUUCGACGAAGACAUCAAGAAACUGAUUCCUGAGAUCUCCCCUCGCUUCAAGGUUACUCUCAUCGAAGCUUUACCAACCGUUCUUCCCAUGUUCUCUAAACAGCUGAUUGACUACACCGAAAGCACUUUCAAGGAGGAGCACAUCGAGAUCAAGACGAAGACGAUGGUCAAGAAGGUCACAGACAAGACGGUCGAGGCUCAGGUUACUAACCCAGAUGGCAGCAAGUCUGUGAUCACCAUCCCCUACGGUCUUUUGGUCUGGGCUACUGGCAACGCAGUGCGCCCCUUAAUCAAGGACCUCAUGUCCCAAAUCCCUGCUCAGAAGGACUCAAGGCGUGGCUUGGCCGUCAACGAAUACCUUGUCGUUCAAGGAGCACGUGAUAUCUGGGCCGUUGGUGAUUGCGCUGUCGCUGGAUACGCUCCUACUGCACAGGUUGCCGCACAGGAGGGUAACUUCUUGGCGCGCUUAUUUAACAACAUGGCUAAGACCGAAUCGCUCGAGAACCGGAUUUCUGAGCUCAGCUCCAACUUGAACCUCAAACCCGGAAACGUGGCCGAAAUUACAGCCGAGAUUGAAAUCCUUGAAAAGCAGCUCCGUCGCAUCAAGGACGUCAAGCCGUUCAACUACUCUCACCAAGGUAGCUUGGCUUAUAUCGGCAGCGAGAAGGCUGUCGCCGAUAUUGCCUGGUUAAACGGAAACGUCGCUUCCGGUGGCAAGCUUACUUACUUGUUCUGGCGAAGUGCCUACUUGAGCAUGUGCUUUAGCACGCGUAAUCGUGUGCUUGUUGCUCUUGAUUGGAUCAAGGCCAAGCUUUAUGGCCGUGAUGUCUCCCGGGAGUAG